GUGGAGUGAAAUCAGAAAGACAAAUAGCAACCUGGUUGUUAUUGGGAAAACAACCCUCGAUUACAAAGAAGACUUCGAUGCUGAUGCGGAAGAUGAUGAUGCAGAUAACGUAGAGGAAUCUGAGGGUGAUGAAUUUGAGCAGGAGACUGGUUGAUGUGUCCCGAUUUUUUUUUCCCUUAAAAAAAUUGUUUUGGUGAAAUUUGGAAACUACUUGUUAUUCACUGCUUGUUGAUCAUGAAGUACUUGACCAUGUGGCAUUGGAUACAUUAUAUAUAUUUGUUGCCUGACAUCAAGCUAUUUCUAUAUGCAUGUCCACACUUGAAAGGAA